AAACGUAACCUGCAGCAGAAGUUAGAGUGUGUGUUUGAGGGCAUCGCUAAAGCAGGAAACCCCAAAACCCUCCUGAACCAGAUCUACACAGAGCUCUACAUCACAGAGGGAGGGGCUACAGAGGUCAACCAGGACCAUGAGGUCAGACAGAUUGAAAGAGCAUCCAGGAACCCACACAGACCACCAACAACCAUCACAUGUGAAGACAUCUUUAAAACACCACCUGAAAGAGAUCAGCCAAUGAGAACGGUGCUGACAAAGGGCGUGGCCGGCAUCGGGAAAACAGUGUCCACACAGAAGUUCAGUCUGGACUGGGCUGAAGACAAAGCCAACCAGGACAUCCACUUCAUAUUUCCAUUCACCUUCAGAGAGCUGAAUGUGCUGAAACAGAAGAAGUUCAGCUUGGUGGAACUGGUUCAGCACUUCUUCACUGAAACCACAGAAGCAGGAAUCUGGAUCUUUGAAGACCACCAGGUGGUGUUCAUCUUAGACGGUCUGGAUGAGUGUCGACCUCCUCUGGACUUCAACAACACUCAGAUCCUGACUGAUGUGACAGAGUCCAGCUCAGUGGAUGUGCUGCUGAUGAACCUCAUCAGGGGGAACCUGCUUCCCUCUGCUCGCCUCUGGAUAACCACACGACCUGCAGCAGCCAAUCAGAUCCCUGCUCAGUGGGUGGACAUGGUGACAGAGGUCAGAGGGUUCACUGACCCCCAGAAGGAGGAGUACUUCAGGAAGAGGUUCACAGAUGAAGAACAGACCAACACAAUCAUCUCCCACAUCAAGACGUCCCGAAGCGUCCACAUCAUGUGUCACAUCCCAGUCUUCUGCUGGAUCACUGCUAGAGUUCUGGAGGACGUGUUGAAGAGCACAGACAGAAGACAACUGCCCAAGACCCUGACUGAGAUGUACAUCCACUUCCUGGUGGUUCAGGCCAAACUGAAGAACGUCAAGUAUGAUGGAAGACCUGGGACAGAUUCACCCUGGAGUCCAAAGACCAGGAAGAUGAUUGAGUCUCUGGGAAAACUGGCCUUUGAGCAGCUGAAGAAAGGAAACCUGAUCUUCUAUGAAUCCGACCUGACAGAGUGUGGCAUCGAUAUCAGCUCAGCCUCAGUGUGCUCAGGAGUGUUCACAGAGGUCUUCAAAGAAGAGAGAGGACUGUACCAGGACAAGAGGUUCUGCUUCAUCCAUCUGAGUGUCCAGGAGUUUCUGGCUGCUCUUCAUGUCCAUCAGACCUUCAUCAACACUGGAGUCAAUCUGCUGUCUGGACAAACAUCUGUUUGGUCUAAACUACUGUGGGUCACCUCUGUCCAGUUCUACCAGACCGCUGUGGACCAGGCCUUACAGAGUCCAAAUGGACACCUGGACCUGUUCCUGCGCUUCCUCCUGGGUCUAUCACUGCAGACCAAUCAGAUUCUCCUACAUGGUCUGGUGAAACCAACAGGAAGAAGCUCAGAGACCAACCAGAAAACUGUAGAGUACAUCAAGAAGAAGAUCAGUGAGAAACUGUCUGUAGAGGGAAGCAUCAACCUGUUCCACUGUCUGAAUGAACUGGAGGAUGGAUCUCUGGUGGAUCAGAUCCAACAGCACCUGAGAUCAGGACGUCUGUCCACAGAACAACUGUCUCCUGCUGAGUGGUCAGCUCUGGCCUUCAUCUUACUGUCAUCAGAAGAAGACCUGGAUGUGUUUGACCUGAAGGAAUACUCUGGUUCAGAGGAGGUUCUUCUGAGGCUGCUGCCAGUGGUCAAAGCCUCCAACAAAGCUCUACUCAGUGGCUGUAACCUGUCAGACAGAAGCUGUGAAGCUCUGUCCUCAGUUCUCAGAUCCCAGUCCUGUAGUCUGACACAUCUGGAUCUGAGCAACAAUGACCUGAAGGAUUCAGGAGUGAAGAUCCUGUCAGAUGGACUGAAGAGUCCAGGAUGCAGACUGGACACUCUCAGAUUGUCAGGAUGUCUGAUCACGGAGGAAGGAUGUUCUUCUCUGGUCUCAGCCCUCCAGUCCAAUCCGUCCCAUCUCAGACUGCUAGACCUGAGCUACAACCAUCCAGGAGCCUCAGGACAGGAGCUGUGUGCUCUAGUGGAGGAUCCACACUGGAGACUGGACACUGUCAGGUUGGAUCCUGCUGGAGUCCGAUGGUUGACACCGAGGAGACGUAAGUGUGGUUUCAUUAGAUUCAUUCAAACCAACCUGAACCCAAAGUGGGACCUGUCCCUCAGAUUGUCGGAGUCCUUCUACAUUGGCUCUCAGCCCCUCUGCAGUCUGACCCACAAUGAACUCACCCUGGAUCCAAACACAGCGAACAGAGAACUGAAACUGUCUGCAAACAACAAGAAGGUGGAACAUGUGUUUGAGGUCCAGUCCUAUCCAGAUCAUCAGGACAGAUUUGACUUCCAUCCUCAGCUGAUGUGUUCAACUGGUCUGACUGGUCGCUGUUACUGGGAGGUGGAGUGGAGUGGACAGGUUAAUGUAUCAGUGACUUACAGAGGAAUCAGAAGGAAAGGAGACAAACGACACAGUGUGUUUGGAUUCAACCAUCAGUCCUGGAGUCUGUUCUGUCAUGACGGUGGAUACAGGGUCUGGCAUAAAUACAAACACACACCCCUCCCUCAGUCCUCCUCCUUCUUCUCCCCCUCCUCCUCCUCCUCCUCUGGUACAGUCUCAGUGUAUGUGGACUGUCCUGCUGGAUCUUUGUCCUUCUAUGAAGUCUCCUCUGACAAACUGGUCCACCUCCACACCUUCAAAACCACAUUCACUGAACCACUGUUUGCUGGAUUUGGUUUGGGUUUUGGAUCCUCAAUGCGUUUGUGUGAUGUGUAGUUUUGCUGCGUAGUUGUGGUUGUGUAGAUUUUACCACAAAUAUCUUAGUUCAUGGGCCAAGACCAGAUGUUUGGGAUAUUGGUACCACGAAAAAAUAAAGGAAGGUCCACACAACCUGUGAGCUCCAAAACAUUUAUUCCACAAUGUGACGUUUGGGCCGAGGCCCUUCAUCAGACUGAGGACAGACGGACUUCCACAGGUGUUUUAUAUGCAGGGUCUGAUCACAACACCUGACCUGCAAUAUACGUCAUUGUAGAGAAACAGAAAAUUCUUUUUAAACUUAUUAAAAAUAUAAUCAAUCAUAAAUGAUCAAUAGUCAAAUGUUUCAAAUGUCCACAAGUACAAAUCCACAGGUGUUUUAUAUGCAGUAUCUGACCACAAUAACACCUGACCUGCAAUAUGCAUCGUCUUAGAAGAGCAGAAAAGAACUUUAAAAAAAAACUUGUCAGACAUAUAGUGAAUCAUAAAUCGUCAAAUAUUUCAAAUGUCCACCAAUACAAAUAAUUUUAGUGAUCAAACUGCUUUACACUCAGACAUUUAUAAACAGGUAUUAAUCAGAUUUCAUCACAUCUGUACAGGUCCGUGUAAUUCUACUGUCCAUGUGAAUGUGGUGACAAACACCACAGCAUGUGUCACAGUUCUGCUUUACAAAUGUACAAAAACAGAUUUACAAAAGCAGAAAGACUAUUUUGGGCAACGGUGAGAUCCAUCCAGACAGACAUCUAAACUCCAGUGUUGGAGCGAGGAUCCACUGGAGUGAAGUGGUCUAUGUGGAGAGUGAUUUGGAAAACAUACGAGGAGAUGGGAAGAGCCUGUAGAAAUGGUCUCAGAUCAGAUUCUUCACUGAGGCCUUUAGGGCUGAGUGUAUGUAGGGUAUGAAUCCAAAAAGCCUCCAAACAGUUGGCAUCACCCCCUCAGCUGGGCCUACAGACUUUAUCUGUACCCAUGGACUUGAACAUGCUGACACUGUGUGGAGCUUGUGUGAAAUGUACGCCCACUGGGCUUUUGUGUCUAUAUUGUGUCUGUAUCGUUUGUGUAUAUUGGUGCCACCCAGCGGGCCAGUUCUAGUUCUGCAUUUUGAAAUGGCCUGUAUCUGUAGAGCGUACUUGGCUGUGAUAGUCCUUCCACAGUAGCUCAGUCCUGACUAUCAGCCACUGAGUAAACCCACUGUAAGGGGCCAAAGCAGAGGUCAUCCAAGGUCAUUUGAAUGGAUGGAAUGUUCAAACCAACACAGACUCAGCACAUUCAUGACCAGUUCUGUUCUUCUCACAGAUGUGAGUUCCAUCUAAACCAGAAUAAACCGUUCAGACCGUAGAUGAGUGCAGACUGCAGCAGUACACAUACAGCAGUCUGGUAGAUGAACAGUCUGUCCUCUAAGAGAAGUUUAAUUAAGGGUCAGUGAAAUAAGGAGGAAAAGUCAAAGUGAGAGAAAGUCCUUAAGGUUAAGAGAAAAUGUCUGUAAUAGUUGAUCAGUUUCAUUGUGAGCAUAAUUAACCCAUGAAGACCCAAAUAUACACAUGUGACCAAAAGCAUCAGCUGAUCUAAACUGUUUCAGACUGACUGAUCCAUUCAUUCUGUCCAUACAUGUCAAUAACUGGUGUCAAAUACAGUUCUGCAGCUUUUCAUGCUCAUCACAUAUGACCAGAUUUGGACGUUCAGAGGCUCCGUAGUUACCAUGGAAACACUUUCAUCUUCUCCAACAUUGCUUCUCCAGUCAAACCCGUGCAGUUGGAUCAGUGCAGGUGGAUGGACACACUGGGUUUAGGUUCAGUUCAGGACAGACUGGACUGAAAAACACACUGUUUCUCAAGUUCCAUGAGGAUUAAAGAACAGGAUUCAUAAAAUAGGGAGAUAAAUAUUUAUUAUUAAUAAUAUUUUCUGGAGAGGGGGUGGAAUUAAAUAAGUUGCACUUCUUCCCACCCCUUUUCAGGCAUGUAAAUGAAACUAGUGUUCUGUUCUUCUGUCUA